UACCCAACUUCCUCACUAUCAGGACCUCAGCCAGGCAAGAUGGCUGCGGCCGCUCAAGUCGUUGGAGAGUUUGAAAACUGGCUGAAUGAUCGGUUGGACUCGCUCGAAGUAGACCAAGAAGUUUAUGGCGCAUAUAUACUCGGUGUUCUUCAGGAAGAGGAGAAUGAUGAAGAGAAAAAAGACGCUUUACAGGGCAUUCUCUCCGCUUUUCUGGAAGAUGACACCCUAGAAGAGGUUUGCCAGCAGAUCCUACAACAGUGGACCGAGUGCUGCAGCAGAAAUUCAACAAAGAGAAAUGAGGGAGAUGAUGAGGUUCAGGCCAUUGCCAGUCUAAUAGAGAAGCAGGCGCAGAUUGUGGUCAAACAGAAGGAGGUGUCAGAGGAAGCCAAGAAGAGGAAAGAGGCUCUGCUGGCCCAAUAUGCGAAUGUCACAGAUGAAGAGGAUGAAGAAGAGGAGGAAGAGCAAACGGCAGUGGUGAUACCCAGUGAAAAAUCACUAUUCAAAAACACCAACGUUGAGGAUGUUUUGAACCGCCGCAAACAGCAACGCGAUAACGCUAGAGAGGAUGCACAGAAGAAGAAGGAACAAGACAAGAUGCAACGUGAGAAAGACAAACUGGCCAAGCAGGAGCGAAAGGACAAAGAGAAGAAAAGGACACAGAAGGGAGAACGCAAGAGAUAGAGAUGCAUGGAUUAUAUAAGGUUCUUUACAAAAAUGAGCGAAUAGGAAAAAUACAAUGAAACCUCAGCAAACAAUGUCCAGACUAACAAUAUGAAUUCUGUGUUUUUGGUCUGAUGUUGUCUAUUAAAUGAUAAUGUAGGGCCUAUUGAAGCAGUUUCUAGGCUUAAAUCAACCACACACCAGCAAAUGAAUGAAAUCGUUAUCAUGACCCAUAUAUUACAGGUGCUUAAUGCUAUGCUACUUUUUUUAAAGUGUAUCUCAUAAAACAAGACUAUUUUUCACUCCAAAAGCUAAAAUAUUUGUCUUUAUUAUCUUGCAGAAUUAUAAUAGUGAUAAUGCAAAAUAUUUUCUUUUGAAUUUGGGGUGAAAUGUGACCUAGACUUUUUCUCUUUUAAGAUCAAACCUUUAAGAUCUACCAGCAGGUAACCAACACGCUUGGGUCAAAAAACACCUUCAACUUUAUCCUUGACAACUGUUUUUAUGUUCUCCACAGGCUGGUAAUCAUUAGCAUUUCAGUGAUUUUUUUUAUAUACAGUAACUCAAGACGUGUUACAUCUAUUUAUUCAUAUUGCAAGUUGUUGUUUUUUCAAGACGACCUAAAAAACCAUAGGUAGCCACCUUGUCAUGUAGCAAUAUAUGAAGAGGGCUCGCAGUCAACCCAAAGACAGAGAAUCACUGUCUGAAAUAUUAACACGUCUGUGUACUGAUAAAUGUCACACAAACAGAUCUUGGUGGAAGUCUCUUUCUUUUUUGUCGUUUUUUUAUUAUGUGUUUGCAGUGUAUAACAUUGAAUUUAUGUGAUGUUAUUUCAGGCGUGUGUGUGUGUGUGUGUGUGUGUGUGUGUGUGUGUGUGUGUGUGUGUGUGUGUGUGUGUGUGUGUGUGUGUGUGUGUGUGACAAAUAACAACCAUUUAUUUGAAGCUGCUACAUACAGUAUUGUGCCAAUACCUUUCAUAUUGCCUUGUAUACUGUCAGGCUCCCUCAUAGGCAAAGACAUAUCUUUAAUUGCUAGCAGCUUUUAACUAUUAAACGCUGAUUAUUUGAACCUUUUUAUUGGAGCUACAGGUUUUUGUACACUAAAUUAUUUCAAAAUUAUUACAAUAAACAGAAAGUUGUGUGAAUGAACAUUUGUUUUCACUUUUGGCUGAUAUGACCAUUUAAACACCAAUUAAACGUGGUAUUAUGGUGGUGUAACUGUAGAUUGUACAUCACAGCCAGAUCCUUAAACAUUUUGAAUGUGUAAACAAUGCAAAUCCCAUCGAUUAUCUGUUUUACCUUGCAGAGACUAGACCAACUAAAAUGAAAUGUGUAGUGGUUACCAUAAAGUCAUACCAAUUGCUUUGUAUCAAAUAUAUUUAAUUUGGGUAUUUUUAAUGUAUGCAAUAAAAGCCUUAAAUUGAGCUCUGACACAAUACUGAUGAAACUGUUUUACGUCCUGCUUCCAUCUAAACAAACACUGCAUAUCUUCUACUUUUUUCUGUACAUCAGAAACCUUUUAAUGUUAAGGUAAAUCAAACUAUUUACUAUAUCCAGGGGUCAAACUUGAGUAACUUCCAAAUGUUUGUUUUCCUUCCUUCAUCGGUUUGAGAGUGAGAAACUUGUUUACAAAUGCUUUCCUAACUAAGCAAGCCUGUUGUUCAUGGGGUAAACUAAUCAUAACACUUCUCUUCUGACAGCUAAAUUUUUUCUUUAACACUUUAGGUUCAUCAAAAUGUUGACUUGAAAAUAAGUUUUUUAGUCACUGUGCAUUAAAUAACGGUGUAUCUUUGAAUAAAUGAAUACAUUUGUAUUUAAAUAAACUGUAGUGUUAUGCACCA